CGCAUUUUUUUUUGCCAAAGGACAUUAUAACCGAAAUAACCGAAUUGUCCCAGAGUUUACGCCCCGCAUGAUUUUCGUGGCUGUCCUUGCUACUGGAACGAUCCAAUGUGGGGAAGGCCUCUACCGCCUGCAGUAGCCCCUCUUCUUGUUUCCCAAGCAGAUUAUAUUACGAACUGUACCCAGCUCCUCCACUUGGCAGACCGCAUCCCGAGUAUCCGCAAGAUGAUGCCUACCCGCGAUGAUAUAGUGAAUUACACAAGCACUUGGACUUUGAGUUUCGCUAGCAUCAUAGGGAACAGUGUUGAUAACGCACAGCAUGGAAUUGAUAGCUUGGGGCAGUUGCGAAACCCACGUCAUCUGCAGAACUUCGCGAGCCACUUUGCAGAUACCACGAAGGAUACUGAACGCAGUUGGAGAGACACACACAUAACCAUGGCAAAGAAAUGCGGCGAGUACCGGGCCGCUCUACUCGCAGAGCAAAGAACUGUGCUAACCAUGCUAGUGCCUGGUGGGAGGAAAUACUUCAGUGUUCUGCAGGCGAUUGUCGGAGUCAUGAAGUUGGUGCUCGCGGAGAUGAACUGUACAAUUGAGUGGUGGACGAGCAUUAGCGAUCGAGUCCGAACGUGGGGCGACGUUACCCGUCAGCCGAUAUCAGGGCAUGGCUUCAAUGACUUUGUCAGGAGCGACUUGUCAUCCGUCAUCCGCGCUCUAGAGUCGUAUUGUGGGGCGUAUCGAAAUCUUUCCCAAGAGCUACGUGGGUCAAUUCAAAGUAUUGAGAAAGACCAAAGUUAUUGUGAAGUAGAUGAGAUGCAAGCUGCUUCGCUCCCGACAACAAAUCAUCCGGUCAUGGCUACAUCUAGUCACUCAAAGCUGAGACGGCAUUAUUCCCCUCGCUCCCGGCCAUCGCUCCCAGUCGGAAGGAAGGAACUACUUACAACUUCAGAUUCGAGUCUUACUCUUUGAGCAAUUCUUGUUGAUUUGUUAUUUAUC